AUGGCGGACGCUGGGUUUCCAUCGCUUGGCGUCUCUGCGGCGAGCCUUGUGGCUUGGAAGGAUGAGCUCGUCGCCCAAGGACACUUGUCUCCGUCGAUGACGACCAGCGAUGUGUGCGAAAGCGUCGUCAAGCCCGCGACGCUGGGCCGCAACCUAUCGUUUGCCGAGACGUUGGCGGCGCCAGCGGUCGCACCGGCGACACACUUCGUAUCUCAUGCGUGGAAGUACGCGUUCGUGGACCUCGUCGCAGCGAUCGAGAUAUUCGCGCUCACCGAAGGCGGCGAGUACCCGUACUUUUGGCUCGACUUGCUCGUCGUCGACCAGCACAACGCGCCGAGCCGCCCGCACACGUGGUGGUCAACGACGUUUGUGUCGGCCAUUCGCGCCAUUGGCAAGGUCGUGUUGGUGUUUUCACCACUCUUGGACCCAAUCCCGCUCUCGCGCGCGUGGUGCCUCUGGGAGCUCUACGCCUCCAUUCAGGCCGAGGCGAGCGUGGCGCUGGCCAUGCCCACGGAACAGUGGACGCUGUACCGCGUCCAGUUGCGCGAGAACCGCCACGCUGUCUUGCAGUCGGUCGAGCACCUCGAUGCGCGCCGCGCCGAGGCCUUCAAUCCGGACGACAAAGCAGCGAUCUUUGCCGCGAUCGAGGCGAUGCCAUUGGGCUUUGACGGGCUUAACGACCGCGUCCGCCAGCUCAUUGCCGGGAUCCUCCUUGUCGGUGUCGCGCGACACGCGUGCCAAGACGGUGACCUGCACGGUAUCGUCGACGUACUCGCGCUCUCGCCCAACGUCGACUUGAUGACAUCGACGUUCACGCCGCUGGGCAUCGCCGCCGACAUGAACUCACCGCUGGUCGGUGACUUUUUGCUCGGGCGCGGGGCUGACGUCAACGCGCCGAUGGUCGGCGGGGACACGCCGCUCCACGUGGCGUGCCGCGCUGGCAACGUUGACAUGGUGCGAUUGCUCCUGCUUGCCGACGCCGACGUGACACGGCGCAACACCGCGGGACGAACGGCUCUGGACGAAGCCAUCGACGUCGUCGCGUCCCAGCCUACGCCAGCAGCAUCCUGUGAGCCGACGAGCUCAUUGGGGCAGGCGAAGCGAUUGCAGCUUGAAGCCGCGGUCAACGCGUCGGCCAAUGCACUCUUGUCACUUACGAAAAACGACGUGAACGAGCUCAAGUCGUUCAGCCGACCGCCACGGGUCUGCGCCGUCGUCAUGCAGUGCGUGGUACUGAUACUGGGUCUUGCGCCGAAUCCAGCGCCGACACUGGACUACUGGGAGAUCGCCAAGCGCAAGCUCUUUUCGAAUCCGCACUUUGCCCACGAACUCGUUGGCUUUGAUUUUGUCUGCGUGCUCGAAGGAGAGUGUGCGGUGAUUGCCGAGGUGCUUGCGCUCGCAAACGACCCGAUGCUGGACCCAACGACCGCCAAAAACGUCAGUGUGGCCAUGUGGGCGUGCAGUCUCUGGGUGCGCGCCUACCUCGUGGCGCACGAGCUCCGAAACGACGCUGAUGCCGGCGCGGUGGCGGCUCACGCAGAGGCCAUCGCGUCCGACGUAGCAUCUGCCGGCAACGUAGCAAACGACCAUGUGCGCCGCUGCAACGAAUGCAUUGCGGUGCUCCAAGAGCACAUGCGCACUCAAGAGAGCUCUCGCCCCGCCGUCGAAGCGACGCCCGUGGUGCCCAGGAGCCUCAAGGAGCCUCUUGUGACACAAGUGGCCAUAGAGGCCAUCACCGAAGCGAGUACGACGGCGGUGAUGUCCGAGCCAGUCACGUAAUAUCAGCAAAUGAUAUGAGCUCCACUUUCAUAUAUCGACAUUUAAUCAAGGAAUUGUGCUGCUGACU